AUGUCUCACGCGAAUGCCGUUCCUUCAGAGGCUCUCGAAGUUCCGGAAGUGUGCUCUGUCACUACCCAGCCUCUGGACAUACUGGCCCUCGACAAACUGCGUGACCUAGGGCUUGCUGCGGCCGAUGCCCCGCUUCCCGAUAGCGUCGCCGACGCCCACAUCAGUGUUCUCAUCGGAUCCGAUAUUUACUGGACACUCGUGUCAGGCAAUAUUCGCCGUCUCACCCCUGGUCUCACCGCAGUCGAAACCCGCUUUGGAUGGCUAGUCCAAGGAGCCUACCCCGUCUCCGCCUCAGCCUGUACUGCCGUCACUACCGCGCUCUCGUUCGCAGGACCGCCAUGUGAAUCCGACAUUGACCCGGCCGAAAUGUGGCGGUUAGACGCCAUCGGAAUCACCGAUGACCCCUCCGAUCCCAUGCACUUGCAUCCAGCGUUGGAUGAGUUUGAGCACCAGGUGGCCAAGAUAGGCAAUCGUUAUCAAGUUCCGCUUCUCAUCAAGGACUCCUACUUCGGCGAACUAGCGGACAACCGAACGAUUGCAGAGGCCAGACUCCUUUCGCAGCUUCGUCGCCUUCGCGAUCAGCCCCAUCUCCUGCAGCAAUAUCAUGACACGAUAUCGGAGUACUUCUCAGAAGGUCAUGCAGAAGAGGUGCCCAACAUGUCGAGCCGACCGUCGAACCUCUAUUACCUUCCUCAUCAUGCAGUCAUACGCCAAGAUGCCGUGACAACGAAGGUUCGGGUAGUCUUCGACGCCUCCUCGCAUAUGCCCGGCGAACUCUCGCUGAAUCAAGUUCUGCACAAAGGCCCGAAUCUCAACGCUGACCUCCUCGUGCAACUUAUCGCGUUCCGCUGCCAUCCGGUCGUACUGAUUGCAGACAUUCGCAAGGCCUAUCUGCAGAUCGCGAUCCGUCCCGAGGAUCGAGACGCCUUGCGUUUCCUUUGGAUCAAGAAGCUACCUUCACCUCAAGAACCCCUACCGGACAUCCAGGAAUGGCGAAUGACUCGAGUUCCAUUCGGCGCCUCUUCCAGUCCAUUUUUACUCGCCGCCACACUACGUCAUCAUCUCGCAGGCGCGGCCGACCGAUACCCGGAUACCACCGAACGCUUAAAACAUGGCUUUUAUGUCGACGACCUCAUUGUCGGAGCAACCUCCGACGACGACGCCUUCCGACUCUAUCAGGACGCCGUUUCAAUCUUGGCCGAAGCUGGCAUGGAGCUCCGCAAAUGGGCGUCUAACUCCCCAACCAUGAAUAGUCAGUUUCUACACGACGGCCUUGCCUAUGACAACGUGUCGACUCAGCCUAUGAUCAAAGUGCUAGGACUCCUCUGGCAUCGACCCACCGACGAAAUCACCUUCGACGUCGGUUCGGUCGUCGUGUACAUCGCCGAUCACCCGGUCACCAAGAGGACCAUUCUCCACGCACUAGCCCGCAUCUUCGACCCCCUGGGGUACUUGACCCCCUUCACCAUAUCCGCGCGCCUGUUGUUUCAGUCGUUGUGGAGUCUCGGUUACGGUUGGGAUGCCCCGCUUGCUCCCCAGCAACGCUCCGGUUGGACCGAAUGGUGUUCGCAGUUACCAACCCUCAACACCAUACGCUUGGCUCGCCACCUGACAGCGGUAUGUGACCUCGCGAAUUCGUCUGGCGAGCUUCACGUUUUCGCUGACGCCAGUCCGCGCGCCUACGGAGCGCGCUAUACCUUCGAACGAUCGCCUCCCAAGGCCAGUGGAACUGCAGUCUUCUCAUCAGCAAAGGCCGGGUGGCUCCGCUCAAGACCAUCUCCCUUCCACGCCUUGAACUCAUCGGAUGCCUCGCCGCCGCAAGGCUCGCCGCUCACAUCCGGCAACUUCCGUUGCUCACAUCUCUACCCACUUAUUUUUGGACCGAUUCCACAAUAG